AGCUCCGCUCCUGCAGCUUCCCGGACCGCGCUGGAGGCGCAGGAGUUGGCGGCCCAUGGGGCCCUCGGCGCUGCCCGCCUGGCUGCAGCCCAGGUACAGGAAGAAUGCAUAUCUUUUCAUCUAUUACUUAAUCCAGUUCUGUGGCCACUCAUGGAUAUUUACAAAUAUGACGGUCAGAUUCUUUUCAUUUGGAAAAGACUCAAUGGCUGACACUUUCUAUGCUAUUGGACUUGUCAUGCGAAUCUGCCAAAUCAUUUCUCUCUUGGAGCUGCUGCACAUCUAUGUUGGCAUUGAAUCAAGCCAUCUUUUCCCAAGGUUUUUGCAGCUCACAGAAAGAGUAAUCAUUCUUUUCGGAGUGAUCACCAGUCAAGAGGAAGUCCAGGAGAAAUAUGUGGUGUGUGUUUUAUUCAUCUUUUGGAAUCUGCUGGAUAUGGUAAGGUACACUUAUAGCAUGCUGUCUGUCAUAGGAACAUCUUAUGCCCUCUUGACGUGGCUUAGUCAAACAUUGUGGAUGCUGAUCUACCCUCUGUGUGUUCUGGCUGAAGCAUUUGCCAUCCAUCAAUCACUGCCUUAUUUUGAAUCAUUGGGCACCAACUCCACCAAGCUGCCUUUUGACAUAUCCAGCUAUUUCCCUUAUGUGCUGAAACUUUAUCUCAUGAUGCUCUUUGUAGGUAUGUAUUUUACCUAUAGUCAUCUGUACACAGAAAGAAGAGACGUCCUUCGAGUCUUUUCCAUUAAAAAGAAGAAAAUGUGAGGCACAGCAUUCCAGUGUGGAGGAGCCAGGCUUGUGGGUUAAGCUUCUGUUGUAAAUACAGCACGUGAUGUAUUCUGAUGGAAAAAUCCCUGUUCUUGGCAAAGAUCUAGGAUGGGAAUUAAUUGCAGGCAUCAUGGUAGUCUAUGUUUCUCAUUCCUUGUAUUUUUAAAAUGUUCCACUAACCCUGCUUCACCAAAGCUGUUGAUGUUAUACAAGUUACAUUUAUGUUGUAUGAACUCUGAUUAUUUUCCUGUAAUAUUAAUAAGAAAUAGCUUACUUGGAGUAAAUUCAAUUGAAUUGAGUAGCCAAAUUUGAUAAUGUACAUUGCAUGCCCUGCCUUUCAUUUCUGCCUUCACAAAUAGUAGAUGUAUUGUGUAGAAUAGCAUAAUUUAUAGAAAAAUGCCAUUGUCCCUAGAACUAACUCUAGCCUUAAACAUUAGUUACAACUUAGAAAGUUAAACAUCUUCCUAAGUCCUGUUUUCAGCCACUCUGUUAUGUCACAGCCCCCCACCCUCCCGCAAAUGGAGUGGUUUAAACAGAAGAUAAUUACAUUUCUGGAGGCUCUGGCAUCCAAGAUCAAGAUGCUAGCCAGUUCAAUAAGGAGAUGUAUGUAGAGGUGAAGUGUAGAUCUAAUCAGCCUCACUGCAGGAACUGAGAAUGCAAACAGAAGGAAGUGAAGAUAAGGAAGGCUGAUGGAUGGCCUGGGUCUUACAGAAUAAGACCCUUGUGUUAUUUGGCUGUAGAUACACGCUAUCCUUCAAGGCAAAGCAAAGAUAAUCCUGCUGGUGAGUCAGAGAUUAUCAGGGCUGCCUCCUUAGUUGCAUGGGGGGUCCCUAUGAUGAUUUAUAUAUUCCCUAUAGUUUUUGGCCAGGUGACAAGUGACUCUUGGUGGUGUACAGAUGGAUGCUUCUUGCUGUAUCUACUUCCCUCCCCCCAGAAAAAGAAAGCACCUCUGCUAGGUCCCUUCCUGUAAAAACUCACUAAUCCCUCCAUGAAGGGUUCUCCUCACAUGUCCUUUCCUAAGGCCUCACCUCCAAAUAAUUUCUGCAGUCAAUUAAAAAAAGUCUAUUACUAGGGCUGGAGAGAUAGCUUAGUGGUUAAGUGCUUGCCUGUGAAGUCUAAGGACCCUGGUUCCAAGCUCGAUUCCCCAGUACCCACAUAAGCCAG